CGGGGCUGGGAAUCUCAAGUGAAUUCCAACAGGCAGAAAGAGGAAACUUUCCCAGCCCGAUGCGGGUGUGAUGCGAGUCAGGAGACCGGGCGGACGCUGUCCCAGCGCAAACUGUCCCCUCUCGCCCUUCUUUAGCUGCAACCGGAGCUGGAAUUCGCUUUUAUUUUUUUAAGUCCGUUCGGCCAUUGCCCUCGAGCACCCGCACACGCGCAUGCAUCUCCGGCCGCGCUCUCACACACUCACACACGCACGCAAACGCGUGGCCGCCGCCAGGUCUGCAACUUUGUCAGGCGCUCCCAGCGGCGCUCGGCUUCCUCCCGUAGUAGUUGGGCACAGGCCACGCCUCCCGACCGUGUUGUCAAACGGGCGGGGGUCUCGGAUUGGUCCAGCCGCCGGGACAACACCUGCUCGACUCCUUCAUUCAAGUGACACCAGAGCUUCCAGGGAUAUUUGAGGCACCAUCCCUGCCACUGCCGGGCACUCGCGGCGCCGCUAACGGCCUGGUCACAUGCUCUCCAGAGAGCUACGGGAGGGCGCUGGGUAACCUCUAUCCGAGCCGCGGCCGCAAGGAGGGAAAAGGCGAGCGAGGAGGAAGAGUGGGAGGAGGAGGGGAAGCGGCGAAGGAGGAGGAAGAGGAGGAGGGGAGCACAAAGAAUCCAGGUCUCCGGGCGGGAGGUUUACACCAAGAACCAUGUGUGCCGAGCGGCUGCGCCAGUUCGUGACCCUGGCUUUGGUGUUGGCUACCUUCGACCCGGCGCGAGGGACCGACGCCACCAAUCCGCCCGAAGGCCCCCAAGACAGGGGAUCCCAGCAGAAAGGCCGCCUGUCCUUGCAGAACACAGCGGAAAUCCAGCACUGCUUGGUCAACGCUGGCGAUGUGGGGUGUGGCGUGUUUGAAUGUUUCGAGAACAACUCUUGUGAGAUACGGGGCUUACAUGGAAUUUGCAUGACUUUUCUGCACAACGCUGGAAAAUUCGAUGCCCAGGGCAAGUCCUUCAUCAAAGAUGCCUUGAAGUGUAAGGCCCACGCUCUGCGGCACAGAUUCGGCUGCAUAAGCCGGAAGUGCCCGGCCAUCAAGGAGAUGGUGUUCCAGUUACAGAGGGAAUGCUACCUCAAGCACGACCUGUGCUCUGCCGCCCAGGAGAACACCCGGGUGAUGGUGGAGAUGAUCCACUUCAAGGACUUACUGCUGCACGAACCCUACGUGGACCUGGUGAACCUGCUGCUGACCUGUGGGGAGGAGGUGAAGGAGGCCAUCACGCACAGCGUCCAGGCUCAGUGUGAGCAGAACUGGGGAAGUCUGUGCUCCAUCUUGAGUUUCUGCACAUCGGCCAUCCAGAGGCCUCCCACGGCGCCUCCCGAGCGCCAGCUCCAGGGCCACAGGGCCAAGGUCUCCAGGGGCCACCACGGCGAAGCAGGUCACCACCUCUCGGAGCCCAGCAGUCAGGAGACCCGCCGAGGUGCCAAGGGCGAGCGAGGUAGCAAGAGCCACGCAAACGCCCACACCCGGGGCAGAGCGGCCGGCCACGGGGCCCAGGGAACUUCUGGAAGCAGCGAGUGGGAGGAUGAACAGUCUGAGUAUUCUGAUAUCCGGAGGUGAAACGAAAGGCCCGGCCGGGAAAUCUUUCCUCCACGCCGUCCAUUUUCUUCUCUCUGGACAUUCCAAAACAUUUGCCAUUAAAGAGGGGGGAUGUCACACGCAGGAUGUGAUGGGGAUUGCGGACUUGAUGGAGGUGUAUGUAAGCGGCAUGGACAGGUGAAGCGGAGACUCCCUGGGCGGCAGCGAGGGCUCGGUUGUGCCCGCUGGGUCCCGCACCGGCACAUCCCGAAGGGAGGGAGCCACCCGGCGUCCUCAUUGCAACUUUGCCUUCUUUCCAUCCGCGGAGCCCCUGGGCGGCAGCCUGCGGUUCCCUCUGCUGUGGGAGGCGAUGGGGAGGGGCGGGGGUGACCCCCGGGGCUGGAUCGCGGCCCAGACCGCAGCUUCUGGUGCUGUCUUGGUGGAGGGCAGCUGGAUUCCGGUUUAGGAGUGGGUGUGAAAAUCUCCCUGGGAAUCGGGAGAAGGGUGGAGAGGAAGCAGGGGCCAUGUGGGUGCUUGGCCAAACCGAAUCCAGUUUCUUGCAUGGGACCUUGAGGUUUGGAGCAACUUGGGAAGGGGCGGGUGAGGGUUCUAAGUGUAAUUUCUGAGCCAUUGUUCUGUCUGGGGCACCCUGUCCGAGGGAGUGGCCCCUGUGUGUUUGUAUUUUAACCACUGCUUCAAGUCUCGAUUUCACUUUUUUUUUAUUUAUCCAGUUACAUCUCCCUAUCUGUCGUCUAAAUAAAUAGCUUUCAAACAAAGCAACUGGGUCAUUAAAACCAGCUCAAGGGAAAACAAAAAACAACCCAUCUUUGGGGGCUGAAUCGUUUUUAGUGCUAUUUUAAAAGGAAUCAAAGAGCAGUGUAGCCGUACAUCUGACGGCCUGAUGUGGGCUCAUUGCCACUUAGGGCAAAGCCACACCUGGAGGAAAAUGCACACGGGAGGAGUGCAUUGGACAGAUUUCCUUUUGCAUUUCGGUAUCUCACCUCAGCCAAGACAGAUAAAGCACCGCACCCUGGAUUCCAUGAGGCCAAGUUGGAAAGCUGGCCUCUCCGCGCUGGAGGAUGGAAAAGGGGAACACAGAAGGACUACUCAGUAAUUUUCACCAAGGAAUGCCGACCUUUUGCACAAAUGGAGGAGACUGCUGAAAAUCGCUGAGGGACGAGAUUUCCCAGAUCCAGAUUGAAAAUUUAGCAAUAAGAAAAGGAGUCAGAGUAAACAAAAGAAAGGCAGAGAGGAGAGACAGAAGGAAAGAUACAGGGAGAAGAUUAGAACAGAAAUCGUCAGCAGUGGAUGUCUUGUGGUUACUGAAGAGGUUUCAGAGAUAGGACUUUACUUCUCUUUCCCAACAGGCCACAAAUUAAAGCUUAUCCUUUCUUGCAGCCAGUACUCAGACAGGAGCCCAGUAUUGCAAGGAGUGGAUGGAUGUGCUGGGCCAGGUCCUUCUAGAGCAGGGGUCGGCAGACCUUCUCUGUAAAGGUCCAGACAGGGAAUACACUAUUUUCGGUUUGGCGGGUUGCAUGGUUUCUGUUGCAGCUACUCAACUAGGCCUUUGUCGCCUGAAAGCAGACAUACGUAGACAACACAUACCAAAUAGGCUUGUCUCCAUGCCAUUAAAAUUUUAUUUAACAGGGACCCAACUGGACUUGGCACUUGGGCCUGAGUUUGCUGACUGCUGUUCUAGUGACUGGGCAAAAAAGUAUGCAUCCUCCAUUUACAUCAGCUCAUAGCUUUCCCUGAAAGCAACCUGAGGCCAGAGAUAAAGAAGCUAAAUUUAUCUACUCGAAAAUGAUUUGUUCCACAGAAUGCCCUCACCCAAAGCACAGCUAGUGUUUAUAUAACCCAAAUCCAAUCUCAUUGCUGCCAGGACACGGUGCCGGAGCGUCAUUUCCCCAAUCUUUCAUGAUCCACGUGGGAAAGAAACCAUUUGGGUGUCGGGGGAGGGGGACAAAAGGCUGGGAGAAGCACCUAGAGAGAGCUAGAGCUGCAGAAAGAGGAGGAGACGGUGCACUUAAUCCGGCUCUGCCCUCGGAGGGAGGAGGACCAGUGUGUCAGGCUCCGCCAUGGCAACCGAACAUAAACCGCGUUCGGUUUACGUUCAAGCCACGAACGUAAGCGGUGGAUGCCCUCACUGCUUAUGCCUUGAGAACGUGUCUCAAGCCACGCAGCACAUGGACUGUUUUCCUUACAUCACUCAAAAGCUGAAGCAAUAACAAAUUCUCUCGCGUCGCUGGGUCAGCUGUUCAUCUGUUCGCCGGCUCCUGGGCUGGAUGGGGGAAAGGCAUCACUUUUAUAUUUUCCUCAGUGUAACUGUUUUACGUGUUCGCUCCUGACGUCCCACGUGUUGCUUCUAUUGUAAAUAUUUGUCAUUUGUAUUUAUUAUCUCAGUGUUUUCCCCCAAGGCAUAAAAUUGCUUACUGUGUUGAUUUGAACCGCCUCCCUGAUCUCUGUUGUAUAUUUUUCAUGCCACUGUUUUGUUUCUUCUCAAAAGUCAGGUAGAAAUCCUUGCAUUCUGGUUCCUAAUGUUUUGAAGCCUACAAUCGUAUUUAUUGCUGAGAUUCUUUAUCUCAAAACUGAGGAAAAUCCAAAUUCCUGUAAGCAUGGACAGAGGCAUUUGUACAAUCUAAAAUGUAAGCAAAGUCGUCCUUAAAAAUAGGCCCUGAACUUGGGGCUUCGUACUUCAUACAAAUUUGCUCUUGAGCCUUCCUUUGAGGAAGGAUGUGGAUUCCAAAUAAAGAUAUGAUGUUUAUUUUGAGCCUUGCAUCUUAACAAGAUGAUCCAAACACCUCUCCUUUGUAUCAAUAAAUAGUCCUGUUAUUCUGAAGUGAGAGGCCUGAGUAGAGUGAAAUGCUAACACUCAAAACUAAAAUAGAAAAACGCCAGCCCAGAGCUACAGUCAUACUUUGACACACACACACACACACACACACACACACACACACACACACACACACACACACACACACGGAGAGAAAUUUCAACUCGAACCAAGGAAAAGUCUUCGUUAGAACAACAUGGGAAAACAAUGCUUCCAGGGCCCAUUUCCUAAGGAAGAACAACCCUCAUCCGAUCUCAACAUUGGUGCCACGUGAGCUUGCUAAGUCAUAAUAUCUGUUUCUGUUAUGGAUUUAGGCAGCAGGACCUGUACAUUGUCACAUUGCAUUAUCUUUCUCCAAGCGUUAAUAAAGGUUUUAAAUAAUUGA